AUAAAGGCGGAAUGCGGAGCCACUCGCUACCCGGCUAUGUGCGUCCAGUGUCUCUCCAACUACACCCCCCCAGUCCAGCAAAGCCAGCGCCAGCUGGCUCAAGCCGCGCUGUCGGUGAGCCUAACCCGGGCUAAGUCCGCGACUAGCUUCGUCUCCAAGCUGGCUAGAAUCAGAGGCAUAAAACCCAUGGAGUACCAGGCCGUGAAAGACUGCAUACAGAACAUGGGGGACACAGUGGAUCAGCUGAGCCGCUCCAUGAAGGAGCUGGGCGCGAUGGGCCGGGUCGCGGGCCAGGACUUCGACUGGCGGGUCAGCAACGUCCAGACAUGGGUCAGCGCUGCCCUAACCAAUGAGAACACCUGCAUGGACGGGUUCCGGGGCUCCGCCAUGGACGGAAAUGUUAAGGUUGCAAUAAGGAGGAGGGUCCUCGACUGCGCACAAGUCACUAGUAAUGCACUUGCGUUGGUCAAUCGCUUCGCGUCAAGACACAAGGUCGGUGACUCGUUGGAUUAAUGUCUUUUAGAAAGUUUGGACGUGUACGUCUGAUAAUCAUGUCACGUCGACACAAUACGAAAAUGUCUGAUCUUGAUAAUAGUUUUUCGGACUUUCUUGUUGGUUUGUGUGUAAAAUGUUAAUAGUAGUAGUACUAAAAUGUGUGUGUCAAUUUUGUUGUGUGUGUUUUAUGUAGUUUGUGGGGUUUUGGUUCAUGAUUUUUGUAGCUAAAGCCUGUGUCUUUGGCUGUCAAUGUAAAAUAUUAUUACAUACAUACAUAGAUACAUAUAUAUAUGUAUUAUAAGUUAACAAUGUUUAAUGGUAUAUAUGUAUUC